AUGCGAGAGGCUGCGGAGCGGAGGCAGCAGCUAGAGUUGGAGCAUGAGCAGGCCUUGGCUGUACUCAAUGCAAAGCAGCAGGAGAUUGACCUUCUUCAGAAGGCUCAGGUUGAGGCUAAAAAGGAACAUGAAGGCGCUGUCCAUCUGUUAGAGGCCAAAGUGCGCGAGCUGGAGGAGAAAUGUCGGACUCAGAGUGAGCAGUUCAACCUCCUGUCAAAAGAGCUGGAGAAGUUCCGGCUCCAGGCUGGGAAGUUUGAUAUCCUCAGCACUGAACCCAUAACUUUAUGUGAAUCUCCCGGGUCGCCCAACAAAUCCCUAUCCCAGCUCCUCAAUGGACUGGCUGCCCCCAUAGGAAAAGGCAAUGAGGCUCCAACCAGCAGAUCUUUGAUAUCCGAGUUCAUUCGACCACUCCAGAUCAGCUCAGACAAGCCCGAGCUCCUCUCUGUCAAGCCAACAUUCCUCACUCGCACUCGAGCCAGCAGCCCAGCACGGGCUUUCCUCUCUGAGAUGGACAAAGAGCUCCGCUCAACCACCAGAUCUAAACCGAGGUUCACAGGAAAGGUUCGUCUGUGCAUUGCUCGGUACAGUUACAAUCCUUAUGAUGGGCCCAAUGAGCAUCCUGAGGCAGAGCUCCCCCUUGUGGCAGGGAAAUACCUUUACGUUUACGGGACAAUGGAUGAGGAUGGCUUUUAUGAAGGAGAGCUGCUGGAUGGACAGCGGGGGCUUGUCCCCUCUAAUUUUGUGGAUUUUGUCCAAGAUGAGGAGACACCCUCCGUCCAACACAGGGACACAGUGGCUAAAGAACCUGGCUACCUCAACCACAGUAGCCUGGGGACUCAGAGACUGGGGGUCAGCACAGGAAUUGGGACAGGCAUAAGCAGCCUGCUGUCUGACAGUAAACUAGACUGUCUAAGCACCAGCAGCUUGGGCAUGGACCUCCUAGGCUCUUCCAGCAACGGGACAGGAACUUUGGAUGUCAGCAUUGACGAGAUCGGUGAAGACAUUGUGCCUUAUCCCCGCCGCAUCAACCUGAUUAAACAACUGGCCAAGAGUGUGAUUAUUGGCUGGGAUCCUCCUGUGGUCCCACCGGGCUGGGGCUCCAUCAGUGGCUACAAUGUCUUGGUGGAUAAGGAGGUGCGCAUGAGUGUCCCCUACGGGGGCAGGACAAAGUCUCUUAUUGAGAAGCUCAAUUUAGCCACAAACACCUACCGGAUCUCGGUGCAGAGCAUCACAGACCGGGGCCCGUCAGACGAGCUCCGGUGCACUCUGCUCGUGGGAAAGGAUGUGGUGGUGGCACCUUACUACCUGCGUGUGGACAGCAUCACGCAGGCCUCUGCUGAGCUCUCUUGGAUGCCCAGCAACAGCAACUACAGUCACACCAUCUUCCUCAACGGUGCGGAGUACGACAUGGUCAAGGCUGGGGGGUACAAGUACAAGUUCUUAAACCUGAAGCCCGUGACGGUUCACAAGGUGAAGGUUGCGGCGCAGCCGCAUCAGGUGCCUUGGCAGCUUCCAAUGGAUCAGAGGGACAAAAGGGAAAUCUCUGUGGAGUUCUGCACUCAGCCUACAGGGCCCCCUCUCCCUCCCCAGGAGGUGCAGGUCCAGUGUGGUCAGACGCCUGGGGUCCUGCAGGUCAGAUGGAAGCCGCCGCCUCUGACGCCUGCAGGGACCUCCAACGGGGCCAGUGUGAUUGGCUAUGCCGUUUGCACAAAGGGACAAAAGAUAGCAGAGGUCUUGUACCCCACAGCAGAAUAUGUGACGGUGGAGUUAAACAGGAUUCAGUGUCUGGAGGCCAGGGAAGUCAUUGUAAGGACGUUAUCAACACAAGGAGAGUCCCAGGACUCGCCUGUGGCCGUCAUCCCGCACAAUCUCCUGGGCUCUCCACGCCUCUCCCACCGAACCACAGCGCCUCCCCACCCUAUGCCCCACCCAGCACCCAAGUCCAAACCGCUCGUAAGUGCCAGAGAGCCAGAAACCAAAGAGCAUGAGGUGGGCCUGCGGCCAGGCAAGCCCUGGGAGCGCUCCCCCUCUCCGCUGCCUCCCAUGCGCGGAUCCAACUUAGAGCCGCCGCACUUCCAGCCACGGCGAUCACCCUCUCCUCAGAGGAUCCUGCCGCAGCCUCAGGGAGUCCCCAUCCCCAACACCAUCGCCAAGGCCAUGGCCAGAGAAGCUGCCCAGAGAGUGUUCGCCGAAGGCAACAGGGUUGAGAACAGGAACAUUUUCAGUGAGCGGGGUAGCACCCUGCAUCCACUCAACUCUGAUGAGGAGGAAGAUGGCUACGACUCCCCUCAUGCCAGAAGGAGAGGAGCCUCGGUGGAUGAAUUCCUCAGGGGCUCAGAACUGGGCAGACAGCACCAUCACCACCACUACAGCCACAGUGAGGAGUAUCACACGGAGAGCAGCCGGGGUUCAGACUUGUCCGACAUCAUGGAGGAGGACGAGGAAGAUCUCUACUCGGAGAUGCAACUGGAGGAGGGGCGCAGGCGCAGCAUCAACUCUCACAACACCCUAAAGAUCAUUGGGAACUCGCCAUCACAUGGAAGUGCCGAUCGUCUGGACCACUCGGGGAGGAGGCCGGUUCACAUCGGCACCCCCCCUCAGCGACGGCCCAUCCCAUCCAUUGACGGCUAUGGCGGACGCAGGCACGGGCGGGGACGGCGCUCCCCGGAGUACUACGAGGAAUCGGAGCUGGAGGAGAUGACCCGUGUGUUUGUGGCUCUGUUUGACUAUGACCCCCUGUCCAUGUCUCCAAACCCCGAUGCUGCUGAUGAGGAGCUGCCUUUCAAGGAGGGCCAGAUCAUCAAGGUGUUUGGGCAUAAAGACACGGAUGGCUUCUACAGGGCAGAAAUCCGAGACCGAGCUGGCCUGAUCCCUUGUAACAUGGUCUCUGAGAUCCAAACAGAGGAUGACGAGAUGAUGGGCCAGCUCCUCAAACAGGGCUUCCUGCCACUCAACACUCCUGUGGAGAAGUUAGAGAGGAACAGGCGGAGCGGUCGUCAACAUCCGAUGUCAACGAGGAGGAUGGUGGCCUUGUAUGACUACGACCCCCGAGAGAGCUCCCCUAAUGUUGAUGUAGAGGCUGAACUGACUUUCUGUGCCGGUGACGUCAUCUCUGUCUUUGGCGAAAUAGAUGAAGAUGGCUUUUACUAUGGCGAGCUCAAUGGACACAAAGGACUUGUUCCUUCCAAUUUUCUAGAAGAAGUGCCUGAUGAUGUAGAGGUUUUUCUCACUGACUCAACAUCUCGAUACCCCCAGGACACUCCAGCACGGAUAAAGACCAAAAGGGUUCCAUUGGAAAAAUCGGGUCCGCCCAGAAGAGCAGCCUCUCCCACAGUGCGUCCGCACAUCCCUGGCUCCGGCCCUGCCACCGUGGGGCCCGGCAGUCCCAUCAGGGCCCCACUGGACAUGUACUCCUCCAAAAAGAAAAAGGGACUGCUCUCCAAAGGGAAGAAACUUUUGCAAAGACUUGGCGCUGUAAAAUAA